UAAAACGGAAAGAGGAUGAGAAAUAAAUUAAAUGAUUGGAGAGUCAUAAAAUUACACGUGGAAACCAUGCAAAUAAGGGGAAAAGUGAAAGAGUAAAAGACGGCGAGAACGUAAACGACAGGGGGGGAGCGAGCGAGCGAGCGAGCGAGCGAGAGAGAAAGAGAGAGAGCGGGAGGGGGAGACGGAGAGUGAGAGAGAGAGAGAGCGCGCGCGUGUGAAUGAGACUAGAGAGAUGGGAGGGGCUUCUAAACGACUAUGAAUGUCAAUCAGAGCAAAGAGUCCCAAUAAUCUAAGGCAAUCUUUAAGGACCUGACCUUAGUCCAUUCAGAUCAAUAGGAAAGUGCGAGUGGAGAGAGUCAUCGGAUUCUUCACUGCAGCCCUGUAUGAGGAAAUAUAGAGUUCCCCUCCAGCCGGUCGUGCUUCACAUAAAGUGGAUAUUCUAGUAGGUACGAGGGCCGUUUACUGCCUUUGUUAUCACUUUUUCCUGCGAGCAUGUCUUUCCCCCAGCUGGGAUAUCAGUACAUGAGGCCACUGUACCCGUCGGAGCGGCCGGGAGUGGGCAGCUCCCGGUCCGGGACGGAGCUCUCCAGCGUCCUGUCCACCAUGUACGGAUCGCCGUUCGCUGCCACGCAGGGAUACGGAGCCUUUCUACCUUAUUCGAGCGACAUUUCCAUCUUCAGCCAGCUGGGAGCUCAGUACGAACUGAAGGACAGUCCGGGUGUUCAGCACACGGGAUUUGCCCACCAGCACCCCGCUUUCUACCCCUACAGCCAGUACCAGUUUGGUGAUCCGUCCAGGCCGAAAAAUGCUACCAGGGAGAGUACGAGUACCCUUAAAGCGUGGCUCAGUGAGCACAGGAAAAACCCGUACCCGACCAAGGGAGAGAAGAUCAUGCUGGCCAUCAUCACUAAAAUGACUCUCACUCAGGUGUCCACCUGGUUCGCCAACGCCAGGAGACGCCUGAAGAAGGAGAACAAGAUGACCUGGACGCCCAGGAACCGGACAGACGAGGAGGGAAAUGUUUACAGCAGUGAUCACGAGGGAGACGAAGAAGACAAGAGGGAGGACGACGAAGAGAUCGACCUCGAGAACAUCGACACGGAAAAUAUCGAAAACAAAGACGAUUUGGACGAUCAGGACGACCUCAACACCGAUCUGAAACUGGACGGAAGAAGCGACUCAGAGACUUCUGACGGCUAUGAGGACUUACAAGGACCCGAGCAGAGAUUUCUCAAAGUUGUGGUGAAAGACAGCAAAGACACUCGCGGACAUCGAGAUGAACACUUCAGCAGCCAUUCGGUGGAAAUCAAAGGGACACAACAAGAGGGCAGCGAUCAGCUGAAGCUCGGUGUGGCCACCACCAACUCUCCUCCGUCAGAUAACAACGCUGCCCAAACGCAGAAACCCAAGAUCUGGUCUUUAGCCGAGACGGCCACGAGUCCGGACAACCCGCGCAAGUCCCCGCACGGCAAUGGGAAUUCUGCGGCGCUUGGGGCACAGAGCAUUCUUACUCCUCACAGGCUGCUCUCCUGUCCUGUCGGAAAGCUCCAGAACUGGACCAACAGAGCCUUUCCUGCCCACCAGUUUGCUCUGUUGAACUCGAACCACUACCUGGGGAUGAGCAAUCAGGCGUCCGCGCUCUACGGCCGACACACAGAGGACAAGAGCCCCGGGCCACAGUCCGCUUUACCAGACAGAACUAGUGCCUUGGAUGCAGAGAGAAAGUUAAAAACAGCUUUUCACCCAGUUCAGAGACGGCCUCAGAACCAACUAGAAGCAGCAAUGGUUCUAUCUGCACUGUCCUCUUCAUAGGCUUAUUUUUAUUUCAUUUUGACCGUGGAAAAAAAAAAAUGUAAAAUAAGAAUACUACAUCUAUGUAUACUUGUAAGCAUGUCUUGUGCAAAACUGCUAAUGUAAUAUUGUAUGAAAUCGUAGUUCUCUUUUGUAAGUUCGGUAUGAAUUUGAUGUUCAAAAUGUUUUGUAUAUAAAGUUAACAAAAUGUACAUAUUUGUGAACCAAAUUGUACAAGAAAGUAUAUAUUUUGCUAAUAAACGAACAGUCAAAAUAUUGGCUUGAACGUGUUUUCAGGUGAGGAGUCUCCAGAGCAUUAUUUGAACAGUUUAGCGAGUAAGUAAUUCCAUCCCAUUUGCAAUUAAAAGCAUUUAACCAAGACACUUUGGGUUGAAACAUUAAAUUAUCUCACUUUAAGUUUUAAGAGGCUUUUAGUGUGAGAACCUACGAACGAAUAUAAUUAUCAAAUUGUUCAGCUGGGAAAGUUGAUUGUGACCUUUGUUAAGGCCCUCCAGUUUCAUAAAGUGGCACUGCGAUUUUGUAAAUGACUGAGGGGCAAUUUGUUGAGCGACUGGAAUGCAUUUUUCAAUUUGAAGGAUUCUUAUCUGAGCGUUUCUGAUGAUGGCUUUCUUCAAUGGUUUGUUCGCACAAUAAAACCUAUUAUAUUUGAGAUAUUGCUCUUUAAACAUUUAGCAGAUAUUCUAAUCAGGCAGCAAUUCUGCAUUGUG